CCCAUUGGGCACCCGGCAGCCAUGGAAGCGCUGUGGGUUGCGCUGGACGAGGUGGCCCUGGAGGGGCUGGACGGCGUCACCCCCGGCGCGCUCUGGGACCGGCUGGCGGGCCGCGUGCCGCCCUUCCCGCUGCCCCUGGAGCCGGGCGCCCGGCAGCUGCUGUGGGCCACGCUGGCUGCGCAGGCCGAGCUCCGCUUCCAUCUGCUGCCCCAGCCGCGCCCGCCGCUGCACCUCUUCGACCGAUAUGAGGAAAUCGAUCUUGAGACGGGAAUUCUGGAGACCAAGCGGGAUCCCGUUCCGUUAAGCGACAUUUACCCGGUACAUAUGAUUUUGGACGAGGGCGUCCAGGGCUCCUGCCAGUAUUUGAAAGAGAGGCUGGACAUUACGGAUAUGAUCAGGACGAAGGACAUGCAGCCCUGUUGCACCUACGUGGAGGCUUAUGAAAAUUGGGGAGAGAGGCUGGUUAUUGUUGCCUCCCAGGUAUUGCGCCACAGGGCACUAAUCGGUUGGGAAGGGGAUCCAGACUUAAAGCUUCCUGACUUCUCCUACUGCAUUUUGGAGCGAUUAGGACGAGCUCGUUGGCAAGGAGAGCUCCAAAAAGACCUCAGUGUGGCUUUUAAGGUGGAUGCUGGAAAGCUUCACUAUCAUCGAAAAGUCCUGAUUCAAAAUGGGCUGAUCUCAAUGCAGUCCCACGUGAUUAGAUUGCCCUCGGGGAUCCAACAGCACUCCAUUCUUCUGCUUCUGAGCCGCUUUCACAUUGACAGGAGGAGCAAAUAUGAUAUUCUUAUGGAGAAGCUCUCUGGCAUGCUGAGCAGCCGGCCAGGUCAGAUGGAAACACUGGGCAACAUAAAGGAGGAAUUGGGUGUCUGUGAAAAAACCUUUAAGCGCCUCUAUCAGUACAUGCUGAACGCCAACUUGGGCAAGAUGGUCUCUGUUCCGCUGCGGGACAUGUGUUCUGACGGGAGGCCUUUGAAGACAAAGAAGGGAACUCAAGUCAUGGUCCGUUGUUUAAAGCUGGUGAAGGAAUAUCAGAAGAAGGUGGCUGACUUCCACGAUGAUGACGAAGAAGAAAUGAUUGCCAAAACUGUGCAGCCGGUGGACGUUGUGUAUGAAAAGGACAUGCUGGCACAAGCGUAUGAGCUGAUUGAAAGCUGGGGGACCAAAGGUAUUUCUCAGGCAGAACUUCGAGCUGCGAUGAACGUGGGAAAGCUGGAAGCCCGGAUGCUGUGUCGCUUGUUGGAGAGAUAUAAAGUGAUCAAGGGAUUCAUGGAGGACGAGGGCAGGCAACGGACAACCAAAUACAUUGCACGGAUGUAUGCAGAACAGAGCGACCUGAGCCAGCAGUUUGAACGGGAGAAGGCUCGGAGCGAGAAGCUGGCUCAGGCCAGCAUGGCUUUUGCACACGAUGACCCUUUGCCUGGAGAACGGCUCCCGCUGGCGGAGGAGGAGGAGGAGGAGGAGGAAGAGGAGGAGGAAAGGCAGGCAGUCCUCCUGGAACUGGAGAAGGAAGAGAAAGACAGAGCAAGGCGGAAGAAGGGCAGUGCACAGGCCCUGCCCGGCCUUGAUUUCAAAGGAGGACGUGGCCAGUCAGCAAGGAGGAGAGCAGCUAAGAAGAAGAGGUCGUCUCUGCUCCCUCUGGAAUACUUGGAAGGCCGGGAUUCCGCUCUGGACUGGCUCCGGUCGGAAGCCAGCCGCUCCAGCUGUGCCCGUUUCAAAGCUGUCUCUGGGGAUGCAGCUGUGGUUGAAGAAGUCCUGCCUGGAACCCUCAAAAAGAGCUGUGAUGAAAAGAGAAGAGAGAAGAGCUCCCAGGCCCCCCCAGGGGAGCGAUCCCAUGAGACCUACCGCCUGCUGAAACGCAGGAACCUCAUCAUCGAGGCAGUCCGAAACCUGCGCUUGAUCGAGAGUUUGUUUGUGCUUCAGAAAAUGAUCAUGGAUCAGGAGAAGCAGGAAGGGGUGGCCACCAGGUGCUGCAAGAAAUCCAUUGUUCGCUUGGUCCAGAAGCUCUCCCAGGAGGGCCUCCUGCGCCUCUUCCGCACUACCGUUAUCCAGGACGGCAUCAGCCGCAAGGUGGAAUUUGUGGUUGAUCCAUCUGUGACCCCAGGUGACCCAUUGGUGAAAAGUGCCAUCGAGCAAGUGCGUUUCCGAAUCUCCAAUUCAAGUUCUGUGAACAGGGUGAAAGUUCAGCAGGCCCCAAUGUCUCCGGACCCAAAAGGGCAGGAGGAGUCUGGAGCUGAGACCCCCCUGAAGGAGAGGAAAGAUUGUACUUUUUCUUGCCAAAGCGACAUAGCUGGGGAGAAGAUGUGCAUUGCCAAAUUCAACUACCAUCCCGUGACAGUGCCAGGCCUUGGUCGCUCCCUGGGUUUCCUACCCAAAAUGCCGCGCUUAAAGAUGACUCACCUCUUCCUCUGGCACUUGAUCUACGGGCAUCCUGCCAGCUCGCAGAGGAGGAGACCUGGCUGUGACCUGUUAGGAGAAGACACGGGCGGUGCCUCCUCCGGCUCUCCACUUGAUGCGGCAGAUGACAAGGGGUCUCUGCAAAGCCCAGAGGUUCCUGCCCAAGAAGGAGAUCUGGAGCUUGGGGAGCAGAAGGUGUAUGUGGAUGAGGCCUCCUGGAAGCGUCACGUCCCUCCUCUGCCAGUCCACCGGGAGUUUGGACACGGCUGGGCACUAGUUAGUGACCUCCUCCUCUGUCUGCCUUUGUCCAUCUUUGUCCAGAUAGUGCAAGUCAGCUAUAAGGUAGAGAACCUGGAAGAUUACCUGAUGGACUCUCUGAGGAAACAUACACUCAUCAGGAACCUUCCCAGAUCGGUUCGGCAGCAGCUCGUUUACAAGCGGAGGUAUAUCUUUUCAGUAAUGGAAAGCCUACAGCGGUUGUGCUAUAUGGGAUUGCUGCAGUUUGGCCCCACAGAGAAAUUUCAAGAAAAAGAUCAGGUGUUUGUGUACUUGAAGAAAAAAGCGGUGAUUGUGGACACCACCAUCUGUGAACCCCAUUACAACCUGGCUAAAAGCAGCCGCCCCUUUGACAAGCGCCGUUACACCCUGGGUACUCUCCAGGAUGUGGAGAACUUCUGGUUUGACCUGCAGUGCGUCUGCCUCAACACACCCCUCGGGAUUAUUCGCCAGCCCCGGGCGAAAAGGAGUGGCGCCCCAGCUGGGGAGGCCGAGGCGCUCUCAGACGUAGCCCUGGAGCAAGAAUCAGCAGCCCACAAGCACAACCUGGAGCGCAAGUGUGCCAUGCUGGUGUACACGACAGGAUGCCGAGAGGUGGAGGACGAGGGCUCCGUCCCGGGGGAUGGGCUCGGGGCAGGCGGUCUGGACUCCAGCUUUUACAGCCACUUGAAACGCAACUGGAUCUGGACAAGCUACAUCAUUAAUAAGACUAGGAAGGAAAAUGCCGUUUCUGAAGCUGGGCACAUGGUCAGACUGCAGACCUUCCUGCCCAAGCGCUCCCUGCCAUUUGGCCCUGCAGGUGCCCCCAGUGCUCUUUGGAAAGAGAGCCUGUUCACUUCGGAGCCUGCUCUGCAGAGAGAAGACCUGGCCGUUGAGAAAGAGGCCAACCUGAACAGGAGCCAGCGGGUGAGGGGGGGGAAGAGCCAGAAGAGGAAGCGGCUGAAGAAGGACCCGGUGAGGAAGGCAAAGAAGAGGAGGAGAAAGAGAGACGAAACUCCGGAGGCAAAGGACCGGAAGCCACGCUACCACGAUGAGGUGGACCGGAGGGCUCUGCAGAGGAUGACCCGCCUGCGUGUGAUGUGGACCGUGCAGGAGGACAGCCUGCUGAUGCUCUGCCGCAUUGCAAGCAACAUUCUGAAUGCCAAGGUGAAGGGGCCCUUCGUCCCCUGGCAGGUGGUCCGAGACAUCAUGCACAGCAGCUUCGAGGAAUCACUAGACAAGACUUCUCACUCCGUUGGGCGGAGGGCCCGCUACAUCGUCAAAAACCCCCAGACCUACCUCAACUACAAAGUUUGCCUUGCUGAAGUCUACCAAGACAAAGCCCUGAUCGAGGACUUCAUGAACAGGAAGAGCGACUAUCAGGACGCCAAGGUUUGUGCUGAAGAGUUCAAGGACUUUGUUGAGAGGCUGAAGGAGAAGUUCAGCUCCACGCUGGGGAUUCCCAGGGCCGCCAUUCCGGACACCUUGCAGGACCUUUUCAUCAGGUUCCGGGUUCUGGCUAUUGGAAAUGAAAGUAGCUGUGGCAGAAAAGAAGAUGAACUGUGCAGCGUGGCUGACAUCCACUUUCUGGUGCUGCAGAACCUGAUUCAAAGCACGCUGGCUCUCUCCAACAACCAGAUGAAAUCCUUCCAGUCCUUCCAGACCUUCCGCCUCUACCGGGACUAUCAGGACGAUAUCCUGGUGAAAGCUUUCUUGGAUUGUCAGAAGAGGAGCUUGGUGAAUCGCCGCCGGGGUAAUCACAGCCUGGGCCCCAAGAAAAGUCGGGCACUGCCCUUCGUGCCCAUGUCUUACCAACUCUCUCAGAGCUACUACAGAGUGUUCACCUGGCGCUUUCCCAGCACCCUUUGCAGUGAAUCUUACCAGUUUCUCUUAAAGCUCAAAGAAGCCGGGAAAGAGGAUGCCGUUUCCAGCUUUUCCUUUAAGGAGCAAGACAGCCUCCCUGGGGCCGAGAUGGUGACGUUUCCUUUAGAUGGGCCGGGAGGCUACUGCUCUGCUCUGCUGGCCCUCUUCUCUCUCGGCCUGGUUUCUGUAGACGUUGCAAUCCCAGAGCAGAUUGUCGUGGUUGACAGCACCAUGGUGGAGAAUGAAGUCAUCAAGAGCCUAGGGAAAGACGGGCUGGAGGAGGAGGAAGACGAGGAGGAGGAGGAGGAGGAGGAGGAGGAUGUGGAGGAGAAUCAAGCCAACAAGCGCCAGAUUGAGGUGAAGGCCCGGCAGGCUUCACGUACCAACUACCUGCUCAUGAGAGGCUAUUGUGCCCCAGGGAUCAUCAACACCCGGAAUUUGAGUCCCACAGACAACAUUGUGGUCGAUUCCUGUCAGGUGAAAGUCAGGCUGAGAGCAACACCUGCCCAAAACGGCCUCUUGGCUGAAGACCCACCCGACCUGGAGAACAUGCCGGUUGGAGCCUCUUGCCUCCCCAGCUCCUUCACCAAAUGUCUCAGGGUCCCAGAAGAGGGUGACCCGAAACUUCAGUUGCUGGAUCAUUACAAUCACAGCCCUGGAGACGCUGCUGCGGCCCUUGAAAUCUUCUCUGCUAUAGAGGCCACUUCACACUUUGGGGUGGACCAGGUGAAUCUUGCCAGGCAGUUCCAGCAUUACGAAGAAGCCGUUCUUGGGCGCUCCGGCUUCUUGCAGAAAUAUCUUCAGGAUCUCCUGGAUUUGGAGCAGGUGUUGGAAGUAGGUGGGAAAAGUACUCGGCUGGUGGCAAAGAGAUUUGCAAGUCCAUGGCUGUUGCAUUCUGGGGGCCUCAAGGACGUCAGCCAGAGUCUGCCAGGCCAAGAGCCGCGCCCAAAGAGGGACCGUGCUGAGCAGGAAGGAGAGGCCGCCGCCUGUGCCGCAGCGGCACAAGAAGACGAACCAGGCAGGAAAAGGCCGAGAGGAGAGGAGGGGGGGCUUCCAGAAACAAGGGCUUUCUCCUCAGACUCCUCCUCGGAGGGAGCCAGGACUGCCAUGCAGAAGUGCAGGAUGGGCAUCCCCUCCUGUAGGCAAACAGCCGGGGCCCUCCCUGGCAGAGAAGCCUUGGAUGGGGGAAUGUCCAGCCAAGAGCCCCAGCAGGAUUCCUCCUCAUGCCAAGAGAAUAAGGAAGCUCUCAGCGGAUGUGCGACAGGACAGCCUCUUCAGGCUGAGACAAGACGCAGGGAGAGCAUCUGCUUUGUGGGGCGACCUUGGCGCAUUGUGGACGGCAGUCUGAACAAACCGGUCUGCAAAGGGAUCAUGGAAGGGGUGCUCGGCCACAUUAUGACAAAACCUGGCAUCACAGAAGCAGCCCUGCAGCACCACUACCUGGGUGUCCUGCAGCCCGUGGCUCUCCUGGAGAUCCUACAGGCUCUGGAGUCUCUGGGCUGCAUCCGGAAAUUCCACUUCCAAAGGCCCGGCGCGGCCUCGCUCUUCUCCCAGCCUGCCCGAGAAGAAGUGGUCCCCGGCGGCAAGCUGAGCGACGCCCCGGCCGCCUUCUACGAGCCGACCCUGGACUGCACCCUGAAAAUGGGCCGGGUCUUCCCCUACGAAGUAAACUGGAACAAGUGGGGCGCCGCUGCGGGCCAAUAAAGUCGCUUUAUUGAA